UUCUUUCAUUUUUAUUGUUUUCCAAUUUUUGUUAGUGAUCUUCAAUAGCGGCAACAAAUCCUUCUGUUAACAUAUUUACAGUUGCCUAAGUUCAGGGGGUUUGACGUUUAGCAAUUGCGCUCUUAUUUCCAGUGAAAGAUGAGUUGGGCAUCUCUUUAUCUCUGGCCACUGUUCUUGUAAGGAAGGUCACUGAAUGCAUUAUGAAUAAAUUUGUAUUGCCAAUGUAUGUAUGUAUAUUACAAUACAUAACUUAGAUAAAUAAAUCACAAUGCAGAGUUUGCAUUUCAUGUAUAUGUUUACUUGUUUUGAAAUUAAAUUAAACACAAGUAAUUUUAUAAUGCAAUACAUAAAAGAUAAAAUACCAGGUUAGCUGCAUUUUCCUAUCUGGCUAAGCAUUGGAUAAUCACAGUUAAUCAACUACAAUAUAUCGAUAAAUAGAUAAGACACCUGCUAUAAAAGGGCCUAAGUUUAGGUAACGCUAUGUUAGUUAUAUAAACAUAUUCCUGCAACUGAUCUGUUCCAACAGUAAAAUGAUAGAACUGAAAAUAUUUAAAUACCUUGCCAUCAUUUUUACGGUAACUACUUGGAGCGAAGGAUUUAUAAAUAGCACGAUGACAGCUCUACAAGAUUCACAGCGUUGCUAUAACAAGCCUUAUGGUUAUAAGAUUUCCGAUACAACUGACUGCUUUGGAUAUUUUAUUUGUCAUGGCGAUAUGAUCAUACAACAAUAUUGUCCACCAGGACAGCGAUUUUAUGCUUCCUCGCAGAUGUGUCAGAUUGGAAAGUGUCCGCCCUGUGACUGUGAGAUUGAUUGUAGCAAAGCUCCUGAUGGCACCUUAUUUGGCGAUUGUACGCAUUGCCGAUUCUUUUGGCAAUGCGUUAGUGGACGAGCAGUGCAUCGCUUUUGUGAGCUUGGUAAGUGGUACGAUCGUGCUAAAUACGUUUGCAAUUAUCCAGUCUUUGUGACAAACUGUGCAGCUAAUCAAGAUUAAAAAUAUAUCAU